AUGUCACCAAGUCGCAUGCUCCUCCCCUCUACCAGUCUGAAGCGUUUUCCUAUCCGACCACAAAGUUCACGACUUCCAAAUAUUCAUCAUCCGACAACCCGAAAUCACUCAAGUAUGAAAGAUAAGGCGACAGUCAUUGAUGAGUUUAAUGGGCUUGUCAACAUGUCAUCUGGCGAGUUAUCGGAAUGGUUGAAGGAAGAUGCUUCCAUCUCCUCUGGAUGGACCAAAGAUGGUACCGGGGAAACAGUUGGGCAUCAGAGUGGCCGUCAUAUAGUUGAUAUCCUCGAAAACAAUCCUGACAUGGUCCCGGAGAAAUACAGAGAUGGGGACAUAGACCACAUGCGCAAAGUCGUAUCGUAUUGUAAGCGGCAUCUAGCUCAAGAGGAACAGGCAAAGAAGAAUACGAACAGUAAGAGUUAUAAGUCGCUGAAGAAUUGGGGACACGAUGCAUUGAAGGAAUGA